AUGCCGAGGUCAGACUCACCCCAGGAAAACCUCUCGAACCCUGCUGCGGAGAUAGAGGAACCUUCCGAGGACGAAGAAGAAGCUAGCCAGCAGAUUACUGGUCCCAGACUUGUUCCACGCGAGUGGCUUCCUCCGGGUCCUUACGUGGUGUACACAUACUAUAUGGAAAAUGCUCACGGACAAUGGCCUGAAAAGCCGCCAGUCAGGCGACUCUCGAUAUCUCGCGUUGACAAAAUCGAAACAGACAUGACUGGACUCAUCAAUCCGACUACGCCUAGCAAGGAAGAGUUGGCGCGCUUUGCCAGAGAAAAGGAGUUAAGGAGACAGUGGGACGAAAAGGAAAAAUAUCUCAGUCGUCAUGACCGCAUCCGUACCGGCGAUGCUUUGCUAAUAGCCCACGGUUAUCCCAAAGACAAGAUCCCCAACAUUCCAACCGAGGCCUACGAAGACAUUGUGCGCAUCUCGGAUGACGAUGACCGAGGUCCAGUAAGUGACGAGGAGGUCUACCUUGCCUAUGGCGAUUGGAGUGAGGAUGCUAGGUUCAAAGUAAACCUGUCCUCUAUUGAGAUCAAAAGACCUCAGGAAGAUGAGACCUAUAAGAGCGGACUUUGA